AUGUCGUCCACCCACCCACCCCGCCCGCCCCUCGCCCUCCUCCUCCUCUCCACGCUCCUCACGCUCCUCCUCCUCGCCCCCCAAACCCACGCCAUCAAGUUCGCCCUCCAGGCGUACCGCUACCCGCCCGCCAAGUGCAUCUGGAACUCCGCGCACCCCAACGCGCUCGUCAUCGUCACCGCGAACGUCGGCCCCGGCCCCGGCCAGCGCGUCGACGUCGAGAUCAUCGACUCGAGCCCGCAGAAGAACGUUUAUCUGCAUAAGAAGGGGAUCAACGGCGAGACGCGCCUCGCCGUCACCGCGCACGCGGAGGGCGAGGUCGGCGUGUGCUUCAGGAAUUAUCUCGACCACGAUGUGCCGUCCGAGCAGGCAAAGACAAAAUCGCGCAUCGUCGAUCUCGACGUGGACAUCGGCGCCGACGCCGUCGACUACAACGCCAUCGCGAACCAGGAGUCGCUCUCGGGCCUCGAGACGGAGAUGCGCAAGCUCGAGGGCCUCGUGAAGGAGAUCGUCGACGAGCUCGGGUACCUCAAGAAGCGCGAGGAGCGCUUCCAGAACACCAACAUGUCGACCAACGCGCGCGUCCAGAACUUCGCGUGGUUCUCGCUCUUUGCGCUCCUCGGCCUCGGCGCGUGGCAGAUCGUGCACCUGCGCUCGUUCUUCAAGCGGAAGUACCUCAUCGACUGAUCGAUCGGGGCGUGGGUUCGCGGGCGCACGGGGAGGGGGUUACUGUUACACGGCUGGCCGCCGCGGUCGCUGCGUACUACUACUACUACUACUACUACUACUACAUGUAGAAUGCAAGACUCUCGGUU